AUGUUGACUCUGAUGGGAAUGCGCCCUGGGGAGUUUAUUGAAUCAUCAAACUGGAAGAACUCGAAUGAAGGACUGCUUUAUCGCGAUGUGAAGUUGCUUAGGUCUUCAGAAGCUGACGGGGGAUUCAUACUACAUGUACAACUUCGGAACCGUAAAGGCCAUAGGCAUAAUCAUAAGCAGGGUGCACUGAUGCUUCUCACUGAGGAGCCAGGUGAUCGUGCGCUUUGUCCGGUCACAUACUUCCUGGCGCUCGCACUAGCAGAUGGUGUCUUUGAAGGCUGCGAAACACUCUCCGACCUCCAGUCUAGGAAACCGUCGCCUGGUAGUUCCUAUUGCGAGUUUCCUUAUCAUGCGGAUGUAGGAGAUUUACCAAUCUUACGGUGUUGCCAACAAGACGGGUCGAUCUCGCCGACAAGAAUACUAACCUACUUUGGCUUCCAUUGGAUGAUCCGAAGCUUGGGGCAGAGAGCAGGCUACAAGGACAAACUGACUGCGUACUGCUUUCGCCGUGGUUAUGGAAAUGCGAUUGACAAAACCGUCACAACUGCACAGAGACAGCAGCUAAUGGGGCAUGCCAACCCAAAUGUCUUCCAGACCUAUAUUUCUUCCAUGAUCGGGAUCGAUUCGCAAAGUGUCGUUCAAGGGAGAGAUCAGCGCAUGGAGCUCAUCAACAACCACAGUUCGAUGAUGCUGAACCGAAACCUACUAGCCCCUAUGCCUCCUAGAUCCCAGCUAGCAGACACAACUUCACUGAAUGCAAGUCACCAUGAUUCGGACCUUCCACACGACAAGCGGAAGUAUAUGCAGAGGAAAGCCUUCGAAGAAGAGCGGCAGCAGUUUUUCCAGGGCAGGUCUAUUACGACUAGCUCAACAUCGAGUGACGGUACCCGAACGCCCUCUCGAUACCUCAAGGCAUUAUUGAAGCUUGAGGCGAACCGCUAUCAAGCUGUGAUGCUUAUGUAUCCAGACCUCAAGUCUGAUGGUAAUCAGCAUGACAAGGACAACGAGACCCCUGAUCACGAGAACUACGAGGCAGCUGAGAUGACAACUUCGACUCAAGAACCUCGUAUUUCACUUGAGCAAAUAGUCCAUCCACUUCAAAGUAUCGCAAAUGGACACAAACAGCAUUUCGAAUACGGAAGCGCAGAAACUAUCGAAAACGGAUGUUGCAGCUUCUGUAAGAAGCAAUUGGACGGCCAUGAGUACUUCCAACACAAUGCGUUACGUACACACAUGAGAAAUCAUUUGACGAACGCCCUCUAUCCAUUGGAAUGCCCUCAUCCUUCUUGCGCAACUAGCCUGGGCACUGCAGACCUGUUCUGGGAACAUGCAGUGUCUGUUCAUGGAUUACCGCCUUUGCAUGGCACGAAAAUAACCAGUAAGCGCAAAUCGCCCUGCGAUGACGACCCACAGCAAGAGUAG